GCGCCCGGGGUUCGGUCCCACGGGCGGCCCGGGGCGGGGCGGGGCGGCCCCAGGCGGGCUUAGCGCACCGGACAACACUAACGCCCGGGCCAGCAAAUCUUUUGUCCGGGGCGGCGCUGACCCAGCAGGGCGCCGCCCGCUUAUAAAGGGGCCUGCAGCCCGAGGGGCGGGGACACCAUGGCGCAGUGCUCCGGCAAGAUCACCUUCUAUGAAGGCAAGCACUUCACGGGACGGAAACUCGAGGUCUAUGGGGACUGUGACAACUUCCAGGACCGAGGCUUUAUGAACCGGGUGAACUCCAUCCGCGUGGAGAGCGGAGCCUGGGUCUGCUACGAUCACCCCGACUUCCGGGGCCAACAGUUCAUCCUGGAGCACGGCAACUACCCUGACUUCCUCUGCUGGAACGGCCACAACGACCACAUGGGGUCCUGCCGGCCCGUGGGGAUGCAUGGGGAGAAUUUCCGCAUGGAGAUCUUCGAGGGCUGCAACUUCACCGGCCGGUGCCUGGAGUUUCAGGACGACUGUCCCUUCCUGCAGAGCCGGGGCUGGGCCAAGAACUGUGUCAACGCCGUCAAGGUGUAUGGGGACGGCGCGUGGGUCCUGUACGAGGAGCCCAACUACCACGGCCGCAUGUACCUGGUGGAGCGGGGUGACUUCCGCAACUACUCGGACUGGGAGGCCCACAGCUCUCGCGUCCAGUCGGUCCGCAGGGUGGUCAACUUCUUCUAGCGGCAGCCCCUUCCGGCCCCACCCUGGGCUCAGACCCCGAGGAAUAAAGAUCAUGGAAAAGGA